AUGGGAAUAUUAAACGGAAACGACACAGCAUUAGAACAUAUUGACAAAUCUAAAUUAGCUUUUCUAGCAACAUUAUCUGAAGUUGGAAAAGGUCCAUCAACAAAUUCAAUGCCGCCAAAAGAUCAUUUUACAUUGAAAUUUGAUCGAGAUACAAUCAAAAAUUUAAAAGGACGUGUUUAUGAGAAUAUGAAACAAUAUUCAUAUGAACAAAGAGGUGAAAGUAUUCCUGUGUUUUUAGAUAAUAAAGAAGUUGAAGAUUCUCAAGGUGCACUUAUAAAUCCAAUAAAACCUACUGUACCAACAGUUGGUCAUCAAUAUGUUGCUUGUAUUUAUGAUGAUCUUAAAAUAGUUGAUUGUCUUGUAGAAAUUGAUUGGAGUGAAGUGGAUGAUUUAGUUAAAAUAGCUAAUGCAAGACGUAAAUCAAUUGUUUAA